GUAUGUUGAACAAAGUAACUUGCUGAUGGAGCAGAGGAACCAUUCGCUGCAAACAACAAAUGAAAACACACAGGCAAGAGUGUUGCAUGCAGAACAGGAGAAGGCCAAAGUUGCAGAGGAGUUAGCAGCUGCCACAGCACAAGUUUCCCAACUGCAGCUGGAGUUGACUGCCCACCAGAAGAAGGAAAUGGACCUGCGGAAACAGCUGUCUGCUGCCCUGCAGGAGGCAGAGCGACAUGAGACGCAGCUCAACAAACUGCAAGCGCAGUUAGCAGAGCUCCACGAAGCCUCUGAGGACACUCAGACUAGAUUCAAAGCUGAGAAGCAGAGCCGCAAACAGCUGGACAUGAAGAUUAAAGCAUUGGAAGAAGAGCUAACGGACCUAAAAGUGGAAAAGGAGACUCUUGAAAGGAAUCUUGCAGAGAGGAAGAAGAAAUCCCUCUCAGAGAAAGCUCAAGCAGAGGAAGAGAUGGAAGAAAUACGCAGAUCAUACCAGCAGGAAAACAAGCUUCGACAGUUGCUGAAAAAGGCACGGACUUCAACUGACCAGGCAGCAGCAGAGCAGCUGUCACUCAUCCAGGCAGAACUGGAAUCCCAGUGGGAAGCCAAAUGUGAACGUACGCUGGCCUCUGCCAAGGAGCAGCAUGUUAGACAGUACCAGGAGGUGUGUGAGCAGAGAGAUUCCCUGCAGCAGCAGGUGUCCCAGCUGGAAGAGAAGCUUGCAGCACUAAAACACUCAAAAAAAGCAGAAGAGCAAAAAUUGUCUGAGUUUCAGCAACGUUUGGAGCAACUAGAGCCUAUCAAAGAGAAGUAUUCAGCCUUGCAGUCUGAUACUGUGGUGCUGAAGGCUCGCUAUGAAGAACGCAUCCGAGACCUGGAGAAGGAUCAGGACAGAUCUUUACCUGCGGACUUCACAGAAGAAGUAAAGAAGAUAAUGAAUGGUGUAUUUCAAUCUCUUCGUGGCGAAUUUGAGCUGGAAGAGACAUACAGUGGCAGAACAGUUCUGGGUGUUGUCAUGAACACUAUUAAGACUGUAACACUGCAGCUACUCAACAGGCAGCAGGAGAGACCAGAUGAUGAUACUAAAAAGGAGGAAUCUGGAACAGGAGCAGUGAGACAGGAGGCAUCUCCUGGAGCAAAGACUGACCACAAAGAGCCCAUGCAGCACAGCCCAGCACAGAGUGUUGCAUUCCCAGCUGAUCCUGGGGAAGCAACCACAGGCUCCACGGUAUCUGACCAGGAAGGCGAGUGUGCUCCUCUGUCUGCCAGGCCCAGAACUCCUGAGAAGGAGCAGGCGACACAGAGCAGCAUGGUGUCAGAAGAUGAGAAGGUCCAGGGGGAGCAUCUCUCUUCCACAGCUGAAUCCUGCCUGGAUCCUGAUAAGGGGCCUGUACUUGCAGGACAGCCUGUUCCCGAGGUGGAUGAAGACUUUGUCUCAGCUAAGCAAAGGCAGGAGAGCAGUCCCAUCAGGAAAGCUGAGACUGAACGCAGUCCCUCCAGAGUCUCUUUGCAGGCAGAAGUUGCAGAACCUUCUGUUCUCGAAGCCAAGCCAGGAGAAGCGGAUGUGGCAGUGCCUCUAGAAAAGCCAGCUGUGGAGCAGAAGGCAGAGGAGCCUGCUGGAGGUUUAGAGCCCCCUCCCUUAAAUGGUGAGGGAGGGAACUGCACAGACCCAUCAGAUAGCGCUAGCUCUGAGAAGGAGCCUGCUUCAGUAUCUGCCACAGCAGAGCAGAGCUCAGCUAUCAUCAGAGAAACCCCAGGACAGCAGGAAGUGGGCUCCAGCCACAGGCAAAAAGGUUGCAGCCUCUUUGAGGAAGACAACUUCUUUGAAACAGCAUCUCAGAAACCGCUGAAGCCUCGAGUUCCCUCUGAAGAGGAGGAUGAGGAGGAAGUGAGCAUGAAGGGGCGUCCCCCUCCAGCUCCGCUCUUUGGUGAUGAUGACGAUGAUGAUCUGGACUGGCUGGGAUGA